AGAGCUCUGUGUUUUAGGAAUAUGCUGCUGGAGUGGAUUUGCGCGUGCUGUUGCUGAUUGAACGCAGCGUGCGACGUGGAGGCUCCUGUGUUCGCUGCUGCGCUCAGAUCUGCAGCCUCCAUCUCUGUUCGAGGCUAUGGUCCUGACUGGAGAACAGCCCAUCACACAGAUGCACAGCUCCGACUGCAUGGGAGGGUAAUUCUGCAGACACCAGCAUGGGAGCCAAACAGAUGAAAUGUCUCAGCUCAGCCAGCCCUGCACACUCCCCCAAAGAGGAGUAUGUUAUCACCCAGUCCACGGACACCACCAAAGAAGAACCAGUCCAUGAUCAGUCUGAGGACCAGGGGGAACCUCAGGAAGGCAGCUCUGACCUGACAGAGAGGAAACCUGUCACAGAUGAGGUGUUGCUCUGUGGGUUGUGUCCCACCCUCGGUCAUGAUGGGCAGGAGGAAGAAAAGACCUGGGAGGAGCAGCUGGAUGCCCACCAGGAGCAGCUGGAGAAGGAGAUGCAGGAAGCCAGAAGGAUGGUUUUCCGCCUACAGGGUUUGCUGCUGCAUGGCUCCCUCCCUGAAGAAGACCAGGAUGGGUCGGUGAACUUUGGGGAGAACCGGGCGACCACUGAGCAGCAGCUGGUUGUAAUCCGCAGUCGUCUGGACCAAAGCAUGGAGGAAGCCCUUGAUCUCAAGAGGGAACUCCUGAGGCACAAACAAGAGACACGGCACAUUCAGGCCAUCAAGGAUGCUCUGCAGCAGCGCCUGGCAGUGCAGGAGGAGGCUGUUCUACAGCUGAAGCAGGAACUGCUGAGGAGCAACAUGGCCAAAGAUGAGCUGGAAGGAGAAAAUGAGGAGCUCAAACGCAAACUGAGUGAAAGGAACAAAUUACUCUGUGAUUAUGAGCAGCAGUUUGGGAGGAAGGACAGAUUACUGCAGCAACACCAACAAAGGCUUGAUGAAGCUCAACAUAAAGCACACGAGGUUGGCCACGGACGGUCAUUCCGGAGUGAAAGUGGUGGUUAUAGUAAUUCAGUGGCAACGUCUCCUCCAGCCUUCCAGCACAAUCCAGCAACAGGUUCAGGAGAAAAACCCCAGGCAUCUUUCCAGCAAUCCUCUCUAGUGCCCCCUAGGGGAUCCCAAGCUGUUUCCAGGGCAGAGAGGAGCUCCUCCCAUAUGUCGUGCCUGUACAACCUCCAGGAGGUGUCAGAUGUCUGUAUCAUCUUAGCUGAUUUCUUUUUGGGGUUGAUGGAGGUCCUCACCUUUUCUCCACCAUAUAGAUGA